AUGUUCCUUAAGACACAUAAGACUGGUGGAUCAACUAUCGUCAACAUCCUCUUUCGAUAUGGAGACAGCAGGAAUCUCACAUUUGCUCUUGGGGCCAGUCAUCUAGCCUGGCCACAAAGAUUCCACGUAUCUCAACUUCUUCCUUUCUACAGACAACCUAACAUUUUGUGCAGCCAUACAGUAUUUAACAAAAAACCCUUGAACUGGCUUUUUCCGCGAGAAUUUAGUAAGUACGUAACAAUUAUUAGAAAUCCGGUGGAUACUUUUGAGUCUCUCUUCAACUAUUACCACAUGGGAACAUCUUUAGGCCUAGGAGACGAUCCUGUGGUUUCACUUGAGAAAUUUCUAGAAAGACCGUCAUCAGCGAUUAUCAAUGCAAGAAACCCAAUGAUGUUUGAUUUGGGUCUUAGCCAAAAGUAUUUCCAAAGUUAUACAGCUGUUACCAAGUAUAUUAACUUUCUAAACAAAGAGUUUGAUUUGGUUAUGAUUAUGGAUUACUUUGACGAAUCAUUAAUAUUGUUGAAGCGGCUGUUGUGUUGGGAAAUAGAUGAUAUUUUGAACGUGAAGGUAAACGAACGACUAGACAAGGAAAAGGCUUUUUAUCUAAGUGACAGAGUAAAGGAAAACAUAAAACGGUGGAAUAAGGCAGACGUUCUGUUAUUCACUUACUUCAAUGCAACAUUUUGGAAAAAAAUAGAAAUGGAAGGUUCAGGGUUUUACGAAGACCUGUCUGCUUUCCGUGAAAGGAGACUGAAACUUCAGCAAAUGUGUUUUGAGAAUGGAACUGGGGCAGUGCAGGAGGUUUUUAGGGGAAAAAUUGUGAAGAGCUAUUCCACUAGAAAUGAUUUGAAUUCAAGUUUUAAAUUUUUGUGUAAUCGCUUGAUCAAAACGGAAAACAGUUACCUAGAUGAGCUGCGUAAAAAGCGUGAGGAACAAUUGGAAUCCGCAGAGUACGAGACUGAACAGACCAGGAUUGAUGACUCUACUAGUUGGAACGUGGCAAAAGAUUUGCAGUAUGUACCCGUAGAAACUUAA